UUUCAUGUGUCGUAUUUGAAAUAAAUCAUAAAACGCCAAACAUGAACAACGUUAACCUUCCCACUAAUUUGUAUUUUCAUUCCAUUGAUGUCGAGCAGAGCCACUCAUCACAGCAUGUCGACACAGGCCUAACAAGAAACGCAUGUAGUUUGAUACAGCCGAUUAUUCCCGUUCUUUCCACCAAUGGUUAUAACACCAUUCCGCGACCAGCAAGUUUAUGGUCAUUUUCGAAUACAAGCGCUGAUUCUGAAGCGCUCUUAAACAGUGGAAACGGGAGUCAAGAAAUACGAGGUAAUGAGCAAGCAACAACAAAUGGGAUAAGUACAAACCAGGUAUAUUCAUGGAUGAAGAAAAAACGAGGGAAGAACGGACAAGAAGACGAAAAUAGCGAAGAUGCUGAACUAUUCGUCGAUUCAUCACGAAAACGUAAAGCUUAUAGCAACUCACAAAUAUUAGAAUUGGAAAAGGAGUUUCAUUUUAACCGUUAUUUAUGUCGACCUAGAAGAAUCGAGAUAGCAAACUCGUUAAAACUGUCAGAGAAACAAGUGAAAGUUUGGUUCCAGAACCGAAGAAUGAAACUGAAAAAAGACGAAAAAAUUAAAGAAGAGAAGGAAGAACAGCAAAAGAAUAAUUUCUUCAUUCAUUCAAAUAAACACUUUAAUCAAGAUAGAACAACACCUUCAAUUAUGAAACAAUUGUCAACUUUUCAACCAUUUCCACUGCCUGGUUUUACAGCUUACUCUACGUUACGAUGACUCAAGAAUUAAUACAAGUCAUUUUAUAAUUAGUGAUUUGUUAAAAGUAAACAAUGAUAAGGAAAUAUCUAAUGCAAAGCUCGAUAAGCAUUAACCUUAUUAAACUAUCUUAUUAUAAAAAGUUUGUAAGAGGUGAACUUUACAGAUGCAAAGCUUUCCCAAUUCAGAUUCCAGUAAUUCUAGAAUGCAAUUAUUAUUUUUAAUCACCCCCUCAGGGCCUAACUUAAAUAAAUUGAUAUUCCAAAUUUA